AUGAAGAAUUUAAUUCUCAUUUGCUUAGUUGCUAUGGUCUUAGCAUAGCAAGUUCAAUAUACAAAUAGAUGUAAUGAUUGUGGAUAACUAAAAUCACAAAAUGAUUGUGAAUAAGAAAUUACUGUUACAGGAGCUUGUGAAUGGGUAGCUGCAUCAGGAACAACAGCAGCAAAAUGCUAAAAAAAAACAACAGUCGAUCCAGUUGCUUCAUUCAAACCUUUUUGCGAGCUUGUCGAUAAGCCAGAAACAAACUGUGCUAAAACCUUUGGAUGUGCCUAUGUUGACUCCAAAUGUACGCAUUUUACAGGAUGUCCAGCAUAUGUUAAAACUACAACAACAGAUUGCUAAGCUAUAUCCUAUUUUUGUGUUAGUGAUGGAAAUUCAUGUAUUGAGGCUAAGGAGUGUAAGGCUUACACAUAAUAAUAAUGUGAGUCUACUCCAAGUAUCUCAGGUAUUUUGAAAUGUAAAUGGGAUACAACAGCUGGAGCUUGCAGAGAUUAUGCUUGCUCAGAAGCUGAUACUACCUUAAAUACAGAUGCCAAAUGUUCAAGCUGGUUAGCUGGUUGUGUCACAAAAGGUUAAGGUUGCGUUAAUGCUCCAAGACCUGCAUAUGAUGCUGCUUGUUAAUCAUUCAUUGGAUCAGAUGGAAAUUGUGAAUUAGCAACCGGAACAACUAACUGUAAGGCAAAGGAAUGUGCAAAUGCACCAACAUCUUUAGCUUCUGAUGAUGACUGUAAGGCCUAUUAAAAAGGAUGCAUAACAACAGGAAAAGGUUGUGUUUUGGCAACAACAAAACCCUUAUGUUCAACCUAUUCUGGUGAUAACACUACUUGUGUUGGAUAUAUUGGAUCAGAUGGAGUUUGUGAAGGUGAUGCUGGAGGUUCUAAAUGUCGAGCCAGAAAAUGCGAAAAUGGAGCAUUCAAUACUGAUGAUCUUUGCAAAUAAUAUUAAAGCAGUUGUAAGACAAAUGGAAAAACUUGUGUAUCUGCAUUAUCAGCUUGUAAUACAUAUAAAGGAACUGCCACCACUUGUGCCGUUUAUAUUGGUACCGAUGGAUAUUGUAAAGGAACAAGUACAACUACUGAAGCUGCUUGCGCACCAAAGGUUUGUGACGAAGCUCCAGAUACAACUACAACAGAUGAUGCUUGUGCCAAAUAUUAAGUUGGAUGUGUUACUACAGGAAAAGGAUGCGUUACAAAGGCUAAUUUGAAAUCUUGUACUACUUAUGAUGGAGAUACCACAAGUUGCUAAUCUAGAGUAGGAACUGAAGGAAAAUGUACAUGGAAGAGUGGAACCAAAUGUGUUGCUAGAGAUUGUGCUUCUGCAGCAAGUAAUGUCAAUACUAACCCACUUUGUGCCAAUUAUUUCACUAAUUGUGGUUACAACUGGAUCUGGAUGUGUUUCAUAAACUACAUGUACAAAUAAUUGCUCAUGGUAACCAAUAUUGAUUUUAAGAAAAAAUCAAUUUGCUUAGCAAAUUAAGCCAGAAUUAGAACACAAGAUGGAGUAGAUGAUUCAGGAAAUCCAAAAUACAUUUAUGUAACAGGAAAAUGUGGUUGGUUGAAUAAUGCUUGCAAAGAUUUGGCUUGUUCAGAUUUAACUGGAGCUUAUUACAACACUGAUGCAAAUUGUGCAGCAGAACUUCCAACAUGUAUUAGUAAUAGAGUUGAUGCUUGCAUUACCAAAUAUGACUGUGCCAAACUUUUUGGAACAUAAUCUACAUGUUUGAGUUAUCCAGGAUAUUGUACCAAUGUCGCUUCAGCUACAGACACAACUCCUUGUGUGUCCAGAAAAUGUACAGACAACACCGAUGCAACAGAUAAUGCUACAUGCGCUACUUUCUUACCUGGAUGUAUUAGUAACGGAAAAGGUUGUGUUGAUUACAAUACUCCAUGCACAUCAAUGAAAGGAACUUAAGAUACUUUGGAUCAAGCACCAACUUUACAACAUAAUAAUGCUACAAUAGUGCAAGUGCGACUGAGAGUGAUUUCUGCAAAGUUAAAACAUGCAAAUUGGCUGAAAACUAAACUGAUGGUUCAUGUGGAUCAUUUUUAGAUGGAUGUGUCUAUAAUGGUAAUCUUAGGUUGUGUCGAUCCUAAGGCUGGUGACACAACUUGUGGAAGUUACACUGGUGUUGCUGCAUUCUGUGAGUCUGCAAUUGUAGGAAAUAAUAGUUCAAAAUAUUGCUUUGGAACAUCUACAUCAGGUGCUUGCACCACUAGAGCUUGUACAGAUAAUACAACAGCCACAAAGGACGAGGAUUGUGAGGCUUUCAUGCCUGGAUGUAUAGCAAAAUCUGAAGGAGGUUGUGCUGCUAGAUCUGCAAGAAGCUGUUCUGCAUAAUAAGGAACUGUUGCUACUUGCCCUACUGUUAGCGGUGGUUUGUAAGUUUCAACAGAUUGGACAAAAGUUGGGUGUACAAGAUAUGAUGCCUGUGCAGAUAGAGCUUGUGCAGACAAAACAAGUCCUUAGUAAGCCUCAGAUUGCACAGACUAUAAAUCAACUUGUAGAUUUUUAAAGGCUGGAGCUGCCUGCAUUGAUGCAAGUAUUUGUAGUAAUUACAAUACCCCUGAUACAGCCACAACUGAUUAACAAAAGUUUGAUUAUUGUACAAGCAUCAAAGAUAAUGCUGGGUUACUUUGUGGUUGGUCCUCAGGAACAAAGUGUGCAUCUAGAACUUGUGACUAGUUCUUGAGCACAUUUACUACUUCAUUAACAUGCGUUACUUAUUUAUAAAAGAAUGUUUCUAUUUCAACAGAUGCAACAUGUAAAUUAGCAGGAACCAUUUGUUAUUUACCUGAUAAGGCAAAUUGCGAUUACAGUUAUGCUUCUACAGAUACAACUGAUGCACUUAAACUAACUUAAUGCAAGAAAUAUGUAAAUGAUAAAGGCCUUACAUGUACAUUUAAAACAGGUGAUACUAAAUGUAGUUUAUAAGAUACUUGCGAAAAAUUAAUCACAUAAACAGAUACAAGAACAUGUAAUGAUCAAUCUAUUUUCGAUUCGGAUGGAAAAUGUUAAAAAGUUACAGAUUCAACUUGUUUAACUUUAUCAACACUCUGCACAGACUAUAAACUUGAUUCUACUUUGACUACUACAAAAAAAUAAGAAUUAUGUUGGGGAUUGAAGGCUAUUGAUGCUUUGAAUAAAAUAACUACAGGAACUGGAGCUUAUACUAAAUGUGUGUAUAAGACAGGUGCUGCAUGUGAUGCCAUUGCUGCUUGUUCAGAUAUUUAUUCUGCUUCAAACAUAGGAGAAUGUGAGGCUUAUAAAACAGGAUGCCUUUAUUUUAGUGGUAAAUGUUACGCCGCUGUUACAGCUGGUAAUUGUCCUACAACUUUCCCAAGUGGAGUUACAACGGAUAGUUAAAAGUCACUUUAUUGUAGAAGUAUCAAAGAAGCCUCCGAUUAUUGUAGUCUUAAAUCUGAUAAAUCAUCAUGCGUUCUUGCAACCAAUGCAACUUGUGGUGCUAUAACAAUUCCAACAACUGGAACUUGGGAUACAUAAAGCGACCCAACCACAGAUGCUUUUAAAAAUGCAUAUUGUUUAGCCUAAUCAUAAAAAGAUAGAGCAAAACUAUGCAAAUAUACAUCUGGAACUUCAACAACACUCUGCAGCGAUGCAACAUGUGCUGACAUUCCAUCGCCAACUAGUUAAGGAGAUUGUGAUAAUUACUUAUCUGGAUGUAUUUACUCUAAUAAUAAAUGCUAUACACCAGGAACAGGAGUUGCAGCCGCUGGUGAUUGUGCUGAUAAUGGCAAAGUUCCUAUAGAUAGCGGAUUGACUGCAGCUUAAAAAUUAGUAUAUUGCUAAUCAUUUUACAAAUCAGAUAAAUCUAUCUACUGCACAUAUGAUCAAUAUAAUGGAACUCCCCCAGCUCAAUGUGUUGAUGCUGCUGCAUGUACUUCUUAUACAGCAUUGCCAACUGCUGAUGCUGAUAAGCCAACUUAUUGUUUAAGCAAAGUUGAUGUAAGCGGAAAAAGAUGUGCAUUCACAGCUGCUGAUACUAAGUGUAGAGACUUUGAUUGUUAAGAUAUUACAGGCGCAACAUCUUAGGUAGAUUGCGAUUUAGGAGCACCAGGAAAAACAUGUGUUUAUCUUUUAGGAACAUGCUAUAAUAAAACACCAGCCUGUACAGCAAUCACAGCAUAAGUUGGAAAUGAAAAGGUUUAUUGUGAUUAAGUGAGUGCAGCAACAUCAUGUACUUAUAUUUCAGGAACAUCAUGCGCUAUUGAACAAGAUUGUCACCUUUAUAGUGUCUCAACAAAUUAAGCGACCAUUUGUGCAACAUUAACUGAUGCAAGUGGAAAUGCAUGUACAUAUAUUGGAGGAAACAAUUGUGUUAAAUUGGAUACAUGUGCAUCAUAUGAUGGGUCAACUACAGCAGAAAAAGGACCUACAGCUGGUUCAGAAGAAACACAAUGCAAAGCAGUUAAAUCGAUUUCUAAAUAUCCAUGCAUAAAGGAUACUGAUAAAAAAUGUAAGGCCUAGAUAUGCACUGAUAAUGAUGCCAGUGCUACAGAUUGUGCAAAUAAUGCAUCAGGCUGUCUCUAUUAUUCAAAUAAAUGCAUUACUAAAGAUACUUGUGCAAAUUAUGCACCAUAAGGUGCCGACGAUACUGCCUAAUAAGCAUGGUGUGAAGGAGUUUUGAACUCCUCAGGAGAUUUAUGUGCUUGGGACUCUGGAACCAAAAAGUGUAAAGACAGAGCAUGUGGUGAUAAAUAAUUCUAUACAGACUUUGAUUGUUAAAGUUACCUCAAAUCUUGCAAGACUAAUGGUUAAAUAUGCGUUUCUUCAACUACUCUUUGUAAUACAAUUAAUGGAUCUGCAGAUUUUUGCAAUCUCAUAUUAGAUUCAACAACAAAAGACAAAUGCAAACCUUUAGCACCAGCUACUCCAACAGCUGCAGGGGCAUGCACAAACAAAAAAUGCUAUGAUAAUGUUACAGCAACAUCUGAUUCUGAAUGUGAUUCUUAUUUGAGUGGAUGUGUUACACGUGGAACAGGAUGUAUUCCAAAUAAUGAACCAUGCACAUCAUACAGAGGAACUAAAUAGUAAUGCGAAUAAUUCAAAAAAUACACUGGAUUAGAUGCUAAUAAAAAUCCAAUUUAUGAAUAUUGUUCUGGUGAUGCUACUAAUACAGCUACUUCAAAAUGUAAAGUUAGAACUUGUGCUGAUAACACUACAGCCACAUCAGAUACCGAAUGUGCUGCUUAUCUGAAAGGAUGUAUUACAAAGGGUACUGGAUGUAUAGAUGCAACAUCAUCAUGCACUGGAUUCAAAGGAGAUUAAGCUACAUGCGCUAAAUUCAUGGGAAGUUCAGGAAAAGAUUAUUGUUGGAACACUUCAACCGCAUUAGCUACAGCUACUUGUGCAAAGAAGAAAUGCAGUGAUAUUGCUGGUAAAAACAAUAAGGAUUGUAGUGAUGGUAUGCCACCAUUCAAGACUACAGAUGAUCCUUUCUGUGUCUUUGAUGGAACUGGUUGCAUUGAUUAUGGAAAGAAUUGCAGUACCUUCAAUGGAACUGAAGAAACAUGCCCAACAUAUUUGGCUAAAGAUGGUCCAUGCAAAGCUACUACAGUUGGAACAAUCAAAGGAGCAUGCGCUAAGAGAGUAUGUACAGAAGCACCAAAUACACUUGCAACAGAUACUGAUUGUUAGAAAUACCAUAAGGAUUGUUAUACAACUGGUUAUGGAUGCACAGCUACUAAGAACUGCAAGCAGAAUGCACAUGGGCUAAUUAAUGUACAGCUUCUGGUACCACCUCAGGCUACGUAUAGUAACACCAGUUACUCAUAAUGUACUAAUUCUAAAGUCAAUGGUAAAUUCUGUGCUUGGACCGAAUCUAACUCAACAUGCAGAGCUUAAACUUGUGAAGAUUAACCAGCAACAAUUGCUUCUCAUGCAUAAUGUUAAAGCUUUGCUGAUAAUUGUACUACAUCUGGAGCUGGUUGUUUGACCAUUGCAACAUGUGCAUCAUACAAGACUUAAUCAAUAUGUAUUGCUGCCUCAACUACCAAGGACGGAGUAGGAAGAUGUGGUUGGGAUACUGCAACAAAUAAAUGCAGAUCUAGAGUUUGCGGCGACAAGAACGGUUUAACAGAUGAUGAAUGUAACACUUUCCUUGCUGGUUGCAAGACCAAUGGAUCAAGUUGUGUUGCUGGAGCCUCAUGUACUGAAUUUUCUAAUAAAUAAUUCUGUAUUAAAUCCAACUAUGGACCAUGCCUUUGGGUUAAUGGAUCAUGCUAUGAUUACGACAGAUGUGAAGAUGCUAUCAAGAAGACACACCCAGAAUGCUAAGGUUUCUCACCAUUGUGCACAACCAAUGGAGACACUUGUAUUCCAAUUACCAACUGUGCCAGUACAACAUUGAAGGCCUCAUGUGUCGUCGGAACUGACGGAGCUUGCGGAUGGUUACCAACUGGAAAAUGCUAGAAGUUCGGAUAAUGUACAGAUGCCGUUGCUGCCACCAAUGAUGAAUGUCUCUCAUAUGGACCAACCUGUAUUACUGAUGGAACUGCCUGUAUUGCUAAAGCAGCUUGUGCUACUUACAAGACAUAAACAGCUUGUAAUAACCUUGGAACUGAUGGUAUCUGCUAUUGGAAUGCCACUGCUAAUACUUGUAAGUUGAAGGAAUGUGGAGAUGAAUAAAAGGGUACAAAUGACUAAUGCAAACUUAUCUCAGUAACUGGAGGAUCAUGCACAACUGAUGGAACCAAAUGUAUCCCAUUGGCUGCUUGCUCAAGCUAUGUUGAAGCUGGAUGCUUCUACGGAACCGACGGAGAAUGCAUUUUCGCAUUACCAGUUGGAGCUACUACAGGAACAAAGACUUGCCGAUAAAAGCAAUGCGAAGAUAUCACUGGAGGAACAUCAAAUGCUAAUUGUAUGGGUGUUAUUACAGGAAAGGCAUGUGUAUCUAAUGGAACAAGUUGCAUUGCAAAGGCUGCUUGCUCAGCUUACAAGACCAUUACAUCUUGUAACGGAGGUGGUUUAGAAAACAAUAAAUCAACAGUUUGUGCUUUCACUCCUACUGGAACUGAUAAAGUUAAUGGAACAUGCAAAACCUUUACAACAUGUGCUGAUGCUACCAAAGACAAAUUAGCUUGCACAACCAACCCAACAUGUAAAUGGACUGAAAACUCAACAGGAACAUCUUGUGCUAAUCACACCUGUGAUACCUUUGCCACAGGAACUGAUUGUCAGCCAAUUCCAAGUUUUGAUGGAUCCUCAUCUACUAUUUGUGUUCUUUAAAGCGGAAAAUGCGCUGCUGCUGAUCCAGGAACCAUGACCGAUUCCAAGAUUUGCUACACUAAAUCAGCUUACACUUAUAGUUGGAAUGCCGUUACUAAUAAAUGCGAAAAGUUGUAUUGCAGGAUCCGUCACUCCUAAUAAUUCAAAUGGUACUAAUAAUGGAACAGAUAAUGGAACUACUACCGACAACAGUGCUUACAUCUUGUCAGAUUAAUGGCAUGA